UGUCGAUAGAAUUUUGAUUGCGUUGACGAUUCUGCGGAUACGUCAAACGAAUGUUUGUUUAUAAAAAAUAAUAUUUUACGAUUUUAUUCAGAUUUCAGAUAAAGUUAUUGAAAUAAAAUGAUUCAUUAGUUUGUCAUGAAUAAUUGCGUCUCGGAUCUUGUUAUAAAUAGCAUAAAAACUUUGAUCGAGAACUGUCGAUGUGUCAAUUGUGAUCACUUAAAUCAAGUACGUCAUAGGUUUUCGUGUGGACAUUCAAUAUGUGAAGUAUGUAUUGAAACAAGGAAUACAUGUAUGCUUUGCUCUUCCACAUCACCAAAUGCAACUACAAUCUUUGAUAAACCACAAACAGACAGAGUGCAACAUGCUUCCGAACUAUUAAAUAGUUUCCAAAGCCUCUUUGAUGUUGAUGUUUACAGAAAGCAAAGGAUUUCAGAUAAAUUAAAAGUAGAAAAAGAAAUAUUUCCUAAAUGUAUUCAAGCUCCUAUAAAAUAUUACAACAAAAGGAAAAGUUCAAUAUUUAUUGAUAAGGAAAAUAUAGAAACAUUGCUUCCUGGUGAAAAUAUUUUUCCAUAUGAAAGAGUGAAAAUGGAAAACUCAAAAACAUAUGUCAAUCAAUGGUUGAACCAAAACCAAAAUAAUUUUUCAAAAAAUAAAAAAGCCCGAUUACCUUUUGCUGAUCUAAGUACAAACUCCUGUCAGUCUAAAAACUUAAGUAAUAGAGACGAAUCAAUUAGCAGGAAAAGAAAAUUGAAUAAAACUACCCCUACAAGUACCUAUAAGCCGCGUUGCAAGGCAAACAGAGGUUACGGUGUACAAAAAUGCAAUAACCAUGAAAGUGGCAUAGAAUUAGAUGAUGAUAUUUGUUUUAUAAAUGAUUCACAAAGUGAAACACUAGAUAUAGAUAAGCUUGCCCAAAUUGCUGUACUAGAGGCUGAUAAAAAAACUAAUAGUUUUAUGGGUGAUUCUUUAUAUGUUAGUAAGGAUACAAUAAACCUUAUUAAAUCCAACAAUUCUUUAAAUUUAAGAAAUGAGCAAAUUGAAAAUGUACCUAUAACAUCCAAUUUCAUGUCUACCUCACCAUACAAAGUUCCAUUUUAUAAGAAAAGUAAACUACUUGAAUCAUGCAAAUUAUGUGCAACAUACAUUGAUGAAAAGUUUUCUAACGUAAUAAAAAUGAAAAAUGUGACAAUUACAAUUGACAAUCCAAGUUUUAUAACAACUGUUGAGAUUUUCGAAGAUCCGAAACAUGUUCCUGAAUAUAAAUCAAUUGGAAUUCAAACACAGAAAGUGGGAGUUAAUGUAGAGAAAGCAGCAUCAGAUAUGGAUAUAUUUUAUGAAAAUAUAAGGGAUGCAGGCAAUAAUGCCCACAAACAUGAUCAUACAAUGAAAAACUCAUGCCAAGUAAUAAAUAAACCUAAGGGUAUAGUGAUUGAAGAUUCUGAUUGUGAGAGUUCCGAUAAUGAAGCAAGUGAUAGAUUGGAAGUUAUGGCGGACAUACACAGAGCCUGUAAAAAUGAGUGAGUCAAUUUUUAUAGAUUAUGUUUUUAGACAAUUGAGUCCUUAUGAAUAUGGUAACAGAAUAAUACCUAGGGUUCGUGGGAAAACGCCAGCAAGUUCAGAUUCAUCAGACAAAGAGAAUUAUAAUCCGAACCGAAAAAAACAAAAGCUUAAUUCUAAAUAUAAGAAAAAGUGAAAUAUACUUUUAAUAUUUUCCUAAAUUA